CAUUACAAGUAAGUUUUGUCGAAAAGCAUAUAUUGUUGAAAGUGGCUUUGUGAACUUGGUAUUUAAUAUUUUUAAAAUAAUAUAAUUAUUGUUAACUUGACGCGCAAAUAUGACGCCAAAUCCUCCUGAGUUCAUGGAGGUGGACCAAAAUAGUACACCUCGAGGAGAUGGAUUUAAAUCAUAUUAUACAACCAAAAUCGAAGAACUGUUAUUGGUUGUUGCAGAAAAAAGUAUGAAUCUCAGACGUCUGCAAGCCCAGAGGAAUGAACUUAAUGCUAAAGUGAGAUUGUUGAGAGAAGAAUUACAAUUGCUUCAAGAACAAGGUUCAUAUGUUGGUGAAGUAGUGAAACCAAUGGAUAAAAAGAAAGUGCUUGUCAAAGUGCACCCAGAAGGAAAGUUUGUUGUAGAUAUUGAUAAAAAUAUCGAUAUUAAUGAUGUAACUCCAAAUUGUCGUGUAGCAUUACGCAACGAAAGUUAUACUCUACAUAAAAUACUCCCUAACAAAGUAGAUCCUUUAGUUUCUCUUAUGAUGGUUGAAAAAGUACCUGAUUCCACUUAUGAAAUGGUUGGUGGAUUGGAUACCCAAAUAAAAGAAAUUAAAGAAGUCAUAGAAUUGCCUGUGAAACAUCCUGAAUUAUUUGAUGCUCUUGGUAUUGCCCAACCAAAAGGUGUACUAUUGUAUGGACCUCCUGGAACUGGUAAGACUUUACUUGCUAGAGCUGUUGCUCACCAUACAGAAUGCACAUUUAUCAGAGUCUCUGGUUCUGAGCUUGUUCAAAAGUUUAUUGGUGAAGGUUCAAGAAUGGUCAGAGAACUCUUUGUUAUGGCAAGAGAACAUGCUCCUAGCAUUAUUUUUAUGGAUGAAAUUGAUUCUAUUGGGUCAUCACGUAUAGAAUCUGGUAGUGGUGGAGAUUCUGAGGUGCAAAGAACUAUGUUGGAGUUGCUCAACCAGCUCGAUGGUUUUGAAGCGACUAAGAACAUAAAGGUUAUCAUGGCAACCAACCGUAUAGAUAUUUUGGAUACCGCCCUGUUGCGACCUGGACGUAUUGAUCGUAAAAUUGAAUUCCCUCCCCCAAAUGAAGAAGCUCGUUGGGAUAUUUUACGUAUACAUUCAAGAAAAAUGAAUCUGACAAGAGGUAUAAACCUGAAGAAAAUUGCUGAGCUCAUGCCUGGUGCUUCUGGAGCUGAAGUUAAGGGUGUAUGCACAGAAGCUGGAAUGUACGCUUUACGUGAAAGGCGUGUACAUGUAACACAGGACGAUUUUGAAAUGGCUGUAGCUAAAGUAAUGCAAAAAGAUUCCGAAAAGAAUAUGUCAAUCAAAAAGCUUUGGAAAUAAUUUGAAUUUAUAUUAUAUACCGUGUUGGAACUUUUUUUUUCUUCUAUGUAUGCAACGGUUAUUUAAAU